CGUCACCUUCCGGCGCCGCGCCUUGGUUUCCCUGGCGACCGGCGCGCGCCCCGCGCCUAGGCAAAGAGAUGCUGGCCAGGAGGUCGCGGGAUCCGCUGCAGAACCUGCGGCGUUGCAAUCAGGACCUGAAGCAACAGGUUGAUAGUUUGCUUUCGGAGAGCCAAUUGAAAGGUGCUCUAGAACCCAGUAAAAGACGAGAUAUUUACCAAAGAUGUAUCCAGUUAAAACAGGCAAUAGAUGAAAAUAAAAACAUUCUUCAAAAAUUAAAUAAAGCUGAUACACCUGUCGGGAAUUAUAAUCAGAAAAAAGAAGAGGAGCGUAAUCUUUUGGAUAAGCUUACCCAUCGACUACAGGAACUUGCCGUGACCAUAAGUGCAGAAAAUAUAACUGAAGUUGAGGCACCUACUGAAAAAGAAGAUGAUUCUGCUGAAGAAGAUGAAGAAGAAGGAGAAAGUGAAGAAAGCGGCGGUGAGGACGAAGAAUCAGAUGAGGAAGAUGAAGAGAAGCAGGAAAAUGAAUCUCCUGAACAGGAAACGAGUAAAGAAUACAUUGCUGUUGGAGAUUUUACUGCUCAGCAAGUCGGGGAUCUUACAUUUAAGAAAGGAGAAAUUCUAUUUAUAAUUAAAAAAAACACAGAUGGUUGGUGGAUAGCUAAAAAUGCCAAAGGAAAUGAAGGUCUCAUUCCCAGAACCUACCUGGAGCCCUAUAAUAAAGAAGACAGCAGCCAAGAAUCAAGUGCGGAGGGCAGUGAGGAUGAUGUGGAGGUGGGGGAUGAGACAGCGGACGGAGCAGAAGUUAAACAAAGAACUGAUUCCCACUGGAGUGCUGUUCAAAAGGCCAUGUCAGAGCAGAUAAACACUGCGGACGUGCUAACCACGAUGGGAGCCAUUCCUGCAGGGUUCAGGCCUUCCACACUCUCCCAGCUUCUGGAAGAAGGGAAUCAGUAUCGAGCAAGUUACUUCUUACAGCCAGAACUCACAGCUUCACAGCUGGCCUUCAGAGAUCUACUGUGGGAUGCUAAGGCAGGCACUAUUAAGUCAAGACCAAGUCGUGUUUCAUUGAUUCUGACUCUGUGGAGCUGUAAAAUGAUUCCUCUUCCAGGAAUGAGCAUACAGGUUCUGAGCAGACAUGUACGCCUCUGUCUGUUUGAUGGUAAUAAGGUUCUGAGCAACAUUCAUACAGUCAGAGCCACAUGGCAACCUAAAAAGCCCAAGACGUGGACCUUCUCCCCCCAGGUUACUGGCAUCUUGCCAUGUUUGCUUGAUGGUGAUUUUUUUAUCAGGUCCAAUUCUUCGAUUCCAGAUCUUGGGAUAUUAUUUGAACUUGGAAUUUCUUAUAUUCGCAAUUCAACUGGGGAGAGAGGAGAGUUAAGCUGUGGCUGGGUGUUUCUUAAACUGUUUGAUGCCAGUGGAAUUCCUAUCCCAGCGAAAACUUACGAACUCUUCUUGAAUGGCGGGACUCCUUACGAAAAAGGUGUUGAAGUGGACCCUUCAGUGUCCAGGAGAGCACAUGGCAAUAUUUUCCAUCAGAUGAUGACAAUGAGAAGGCAGCCUCAACUUCUAGUAAAACUGAGAUCUUUGAACAGUAGAUCAAGAAACAUACUCAGUCUACUACCAGAAACAUUGAUUGGAAGUAUGUGCUCUGUUCACUUGUUGAUCUUUUAUCGACAAAUUCUUGGAGAUGUGCUCCUGAAAGACAGGACGAGCCUGCAAAGUGCUGAUUUAAUCAGUCAUCCCAUGCUGGCCACCUUCCCCAAGCUCCUGGAGCAGCCCGACGUGAUGGAUGCUCUCAGGAGUUCAUGGGCUGAAAAAGAAAGCACAUUUAAAAGAUCAGAGAAGAGAGAUCAAGAGUUCCUGAAGGCCAUGUUUCUCCAAGUGUACCAUGACUGUGUGCUCCCUCUUCUCCAUUCUACGGUCCUGCCCCCAUUCAAGUGGGCAGAGGAAGAGACUGAAGCCACACGAUGGAAAGUUAUCGCCAACUUCCUUAAACAAAACCAAGAAAAUGAGGGCGCCCUCCAAGCUCUGCUGUCUCCAGACGGAAUCCAUGAACCUUUUGACCUUUCAGAGCAGACCUAUGACUUCUUGGGUGAAAUAAGAAAGAGUACAGCCUGACACUGGCCUGGGCCUCAGCCUCCACUGAACCACAUCGAUCCUCCACGAUGACUUGAAUAAAAUGACACAACCCCAAGUAGCUGUCACAUUUUAACUUCGAUUUUAUUCUUCUUUGGAAUAGGCCAUAUUUUAAA